GAGGUGGGCCUGAGAGCAGCCAAGUGCCAGGUGUGCAGCCCUGCUCUUGCCCACAGCAGCCCCACUGCUUCGUUCAUUCAUUCAGCCUUCACUCAAGAGACUCCCUCUCUGUACCUGCCUAGGGCUGAGUGCUGGGGACCCAUAGGUUCAGCAAGUAUUAGGCACCUACUGUGUGCUGGGCACUGCUCUGAGACCUGGGGAUACAGACAACAGAUCCCUGCCCUCAAGAAGCUGGCAUUCCAGCAGGAGAAUAAGACAAUCUGCAAUGAACCAUGAAAAACCAAUGCUAUGAUCUGUUGGCAGUUGAAAAAAUGUUACGACAGAAAAAUGGAGCAGGCAAAAGGAUUCAGGGGUGCCAGAUCUGGGAGGGAAGUAUAUAAGAUGGGGGAUGUGGGGCUGAUGACCACAGCUUAGGUGCUGAAUGGGCACUGCCCUCUCCCCUGGCUCAGGGCAGUGUCCCAUCCCUGGGGCCUUUCUCAGCCCCUACUAGAGGCCAUAGGUUGCAGGGAGGAGAGCCGGGGCUCUCCUCCCUGCACCAUCGAGGGAAGGCACCAUUGGGAGGGUGACGUGGGGGCAGAGACUCGAAGGUGAGAGUCUGGGAAAAGAGCUCCCAGGCAGAGGGAACAGCAUGCCCCAAGCCCCUGAGGCGGGGGAGUGCCCGGGGUGCUCAGCAGCAGUGCAGGCAGAUGGGGACAGCUCAGGGAGGCAGGUCCCAUAGGACCUUGCUGGCCAUUAUGUGGACUGUGGCUUUGACUUCAGAGACCUCUGAGCAAAGGAGGCAUGAAGGCCUCUGAGCAAAGGAGGGACCCAGUGUGACUUAGGCUUGAACAGGACCCUGCAGGGGCCGAUCUGAGUAGGCUGAGGGUGGGGAGCAGGACAGGGCAGCCAGGAGGAGGCGGCGCCUGCACAGGUCCAGGCCCAUAGAUGGCAGCUCAACCCGCUGGUGGACGUGUAGGUGGUGGGCGGGGGGCAGAUUCUGCAGGUGGAGGCAGCAGGACCUGCUGAGGCAUGGGGGGCACCUUGGGGCUGUGGGCCUGAGGAUGCUGAGUUCCAAUCACCCAGGGCAGAAGGGGCGUGAGAAGAGCCACUGAGGAGGAUGAGUGAGGUCCCAGCUGGGCUGGUGUGCCCGCUUCCAGGAGCCCUAGAAAUGCAGAAGAGGAGGUCCUAUUCCUGGAAGAGGUUGCAAGGCUGUGGUGAAGGCAGGUGCAGCCCGCAGCCUCCGCUCAAUCUGUCCCCUGCCCCUGCAUACUGGGGAUGGCACUGCAGGGGCAGGAAAGGACAGGCGGGGGAGCCACUGUCCAGAAAGUGCUGGCCAUGGGCAGGGGCUGAGGCAUGAAGGUGAAGAGUCUUCUUGGGACAGGGAGGGCUUGGCAGGCAUGUCCCAGUCUCUCACUGCCCUUAGGCUGGGCUCUGGGCCUUAGUUCCUCCCCAGACUUCCCAGAGGACAGGUGUGAGGCCGGGCACGGUGCAGGCUGUCUGGGAGGGGAGUGGAAAGAGGAAGGGGUGAAGGGACUGUCUGCCAUCUGACUAUGCAAAUGGCCUCUGACUCAUGGGACCCUGGCCCCCUCACCAUAGGGAGGACGGAGUUGGGGGGGAGUUACUAGGCUGCUUUAAAAUUCUCACUUCCUCUAAUCUCUGAGCUGCUCCUGCCCCUGAGGGAAGGGACCCAGAGUGCUCUGAGUGGGAAGCAUCCUUCCCUGCUGCUGCUGCUGCUGCUCAGCCCGCCAGCUGGACCCUCUGGAGAAGACCCUACUCCCCAUCAUGGGUUCCUGCCACGGUGCCCUGCACCCCCUGUUUCUGCUGGUGCAGGCUGAGGCACUGGCCGUGGCUCUGGCGCUGGGCACCCUGCCUGCCUUCCUGCCCUGUGAGCUCCAGCCCCACGGCCAGGUGAACUGCAACUGGCUGUUCCUGAAGUCUGUGCCCCACUUCUCCGCGGCAGCACCCCGUGGCAACGUCACCAGCCUUUCCUUGUCCUCCAACCGCAUCCACCACCUGCGUGACUCUGACUUUGCCCACCUGCCCAGCCUGCAGCGACUCAAUCUCAAGUGGAACUGCCCGCCGGUCGGCCUCAGCCCCAUGCACUUCCCCUGCCACAUGACCAUCGAGCCCCACACCUUCCUGGCUGUGCCCACCCUGGAGGAGCUGAACUUGAGCUAUAACAGCAUCAGCUCUGUGCCCGCCCUGCCCAAAUCCCUUGUGUCCCUGUCCCUGAGCCGCACCAACAUCCUGGUGCUGGACGUUACCAGCCUCUCGGGCCUUCACGCCCUACGCUCCCUAUACAUGGAUGGCAACUGCUAUUACAAGAACCCCUGCGGGCAGGCACUGAACGUGACCCCAGGCGCCCUCCUUGGCCUGCGCAACCUCACUCACCUGUCACUCAAGUACAACAACCUCACAGAGGUACCCCGGAACCUGCCCCCCAGCCUUGAGUAUCUGCUGUUGUCCUACAACCACAUUGUCAAAUUGGUGCCGGGGGACUUGGCCAAUUUAACUGCCCUGCGCGUGCUUGAUGUGGGCGGAAAUUGCCGCCGAUGUGACCAUGCCCGCAAUCCCUGCAUGGAGUGUCCACGUCACUUCCUCCAGCUACAUCCUGACACUUUUAGCCACCUCAGCCAUCUUGAAGGCCUGGUGUUGAAGGAUAGUUCUCUCUCCAGGCUUGACACCAGAUGGUUCCAUGGUCUGCACAACCUCACAGUGCUGGACCUGAGUGAGAACUUCCUCUAUGACUGCAUCACCAAGACCAAGGCCUUCCAGGGCCUGGCACAGCUGCGCAAGCUCAACCUGUCCUUCAAUUACCAAAAGAGGGUGUCCUUUGCCCACCUGCACCUGGCAUCCUCCUUCGGGAGCCUGAUCUCACUGCAGGAGCUGGACAUGCAUGGCAUCUUCUUCCGCUCGCUCGAUGAGACCACGCUCCGGCCGCUGGCUCAGCUGCCCAUGCUCCAGAUUCUGCAUCUGCAGAUGAACUUCAUCAACCAGGCCAACCUCAGCAUCUUCGGGGCCUUCCCUGGCCUGCGCUAUGUGGAUCUGUCCGACAACCGCAUUAGUGGAGCUGCACAGCUGGCGGCCACCAUGGGGGAGGCAGAUGGCGAGGAGAAGGUCUGGCUGCAGCCUGAAGACCUUGCUUCAGCCCCACUGGACAUCCUCAGCUCUGAGGACUUCAUGCCCAACUGCAGGGCCUUCGACUUCACCUUGGACCUCUCACGGAACAACCUGGUGACGGUGCAGCCAGAGAUGUUUGCCCAGCUCUCUCGCCUCCAGUGCCUGUGCCUGAGCCACAACAGCAUUUCACAGGCGGUCAACGGCUCUCAGUUCCUGCCACUGACCAGGCUGCGGGUGCUAGACCUGUCUCAUAAUAAGCUGGACCUGUACCACGGGCGCUCGUUCACAGAGCUGCCGCGCCUGGAGGCCCUGGACCUCAGCUAUAACAGCCAGCCCUUCAGCAUGCAGGGCGUGGGCCACAACCUCAGCUUUGUGGCCCAGCUGCCCACCCUGCGCUACCUCAGCCUGGCACACAACGACAUCCACAGCCGUGUGUCCCAGCAGCUCCGCAGCACCUCCCUGCGGGCCCUGGACUUCAGCGGCAAUGCCCUGAGCCGCAUGUGGGCCGAGGGAGACCUCUACCUCCACUUCUUCCAAGGCCUGAGAGGCCUGGUCUGGCUGGACUUAUCCCAGAAUCGCCUGCAUACCCUCUUGUCCCGCAACCUGUACAACCUCCCUAAGAGUCUGCGGCUGCUGCGUCUCCGUAACAAUCACCUGGCUUUCUUCAAGUGGAGCAGCCUCACCCUCCUGCCCAACCUGGAAGUCCUGGACCUGGCGGGAAACCAGCUGAAGGCCCUGACCAACGGCACCCUGCCUGCUGGCAGCAGGCUGCGGAGGCUGGACCUCAGCAGCAACAGCAUCAGCUUUGUGGCCACCAGCUUCUUUGCCCUGGCCGUGGAGCUGCGAGAGCUCAACCUCAGCGCCAACGCCCUCAAGACGGUGGAAGCCUCCUGGUUUGGACCCUCGGCAAGUUCCCUGAACAUGCUGGAUGUGAGUGCCAACCCUCUGCACUGCGCCUGCGGGGCAGCCUUCGUGGACUUCCUGCUGGAGGUGCAGGCGGCCGUGCCUGGGCUGCCCAGCCGGGUACAGUGUGGCAGUCCGGGCCAGCUCCAGGGCCGCAGCAUCUUCGCACAGGACCUGCGCCUCUGCCUGGACGAGACCCUCUCCUGGGACUGUUUUGGCCUCUCACUGCUGGCUGUGGCUCUGGGCCUGGCUGUGCCCAUGCUGCACCACCUCUGCGGCUGGGACCUCUGGUACUGCUUCCACCUGGGCCGGGCCUGGCUUCCCCGGUGGGGACGGUGGGGUGAGGACACCCUGCCCUAUGAUGCCUUCGUGGUCUUCGACAAGGCGCAGAGCGCCGUGGCCGACUGGGUGUACAACGAGCUGCGGGGUCGGCUGGAGGAGCGCCGUGGGCGCCAGGCACUCCGCCUGUGCCUGGAGGAGCGCGACUGGGUGCCGGGCAAUACGCUCUUUGAGAACCUGUGGGCCUCCGUCUAUGGCAGCCACAAGACGCUGUUUGUGCUGGCCCACACGGACCGGGUCAGUGGCCUCUUGCGCGCCAGCUUCCUGCUGGCCCAGCAGCGCCUGCUGGAGGACCGCAAGGAUGUCGUGGUGCUGGUGAUCCUGAGCCCUGACGCUGGCCGCUCCCGCUAUGUGCGCCUGCGCCGGCGCCUUUGCCGCCAGAGUGUCCUCCUUUGGCCCCACCAGCCCAGUGGUCAGGGCAGCUUCUGGGCCCAGCUUGCCAUAGCCCUGACCAGGGACAACCGCCACUUUUAUAACCGGAACUUCUGCCGCGGACCCACAGCCGAAUAGUCCUGAGGCACAGUGCUGCCCAGCCCCUUCCACGCUCGCCCUCCCGCCUGCUCUGCAGCCCACAGCUGUGCCCGUGCCCCCACUGGUGACCCCCAGCCCAACCUGGAAUAGAGCAGAGUCACAUGCUGGGUCUCUCUGUUCUGAUAUUGAAGGGAUACCUAGGUGAGCUGCCACCUGGCUGCAAAGACAGAAGGAGGGUCUCUAACCUACCUAUCGAAGCCCCAUGUGGGCUCUGACCUGACCUGUCAUACUGCCUUGGCUGAUGCCCGGAAGAAAAGGAAACAAGGUGAGUCCUUUCUCCUAGUCUGGAGUCUGGGGGAGUAACCUGUUGAGUGGCUCUAACACUAUUCUGGACACAACCAGCAGCAGAAGCAGGAAGCAGGAAGCAGGAAGCAGGGCCUUAUCCAGGGAACCAUGUUUUGCAUGUAGGAAGCACAACUUACCUCCUUCUCAGGAUAGCCAAGUUUGCCUCUGGCAGUCCCAGGUGGGACUUCCAUCUAGCCACCCACACACCACAGUCCUGGUGCUUUCGGGGCUGGGGAUUCAGAAGAACGUUUUGCAGAUGAAGCGUGGGGGCUGCAGCUAUGCCAGGACUGUUGGGCUUGGCUUGAGUGAAUCUGGGGUCCAUGGCACUUGCCUCUGUGCUGUGUGUGGGACCAGAGGACAGAGCUCUCCUAUCUCAAGUCCUGAAGAGGCGGUCAGAGCUGGGCCUCUCUGAGGCUGGGUGAGGGCAGCUCCCACUGCACUGUAGUCAGGCAGGGUACACACGGCGGGCCCCAGGCCCUCUCCUCCGUACUGCCAGCCAUCCUCGCCCAUUAACACUGCCUUGGCUCUGCAAGACCAGGAAAGAGAUAGGACUCAGGUCAGAUUGCCUGGGCCUGCAUCCCAUUUGGGUUGUCCUGGGCAGUUGGCCUUCCCUUUAGGAGAUGAGGUUUGCUCAUCUGUAAAUGGGAAUGGCCAGAGCUGCUCUGCAGGGUGGUGUAAGGAUUAGUGGUUAUAUGUACAAAGGUCUGAGAAACCUAGCAGGGCCUCAGUUGUAAUUAUUAGGUAAUGGGAUUUAUACUCAUGACUAUCAGCUGAUAUGGCUUCAGUGUUUUCUCUC